UGCUUCUGCUGCUGCUGCUGGUGGGGGGGGGUCGAGAGGACUAGCCAGCCAGUCGUGCACUCACACACGCGCAGGGAGACGUUGGCUCUACGAUGGAAAUUUUUACAUUUUAAUUUAUCCCUCUUUUUUUUUAAAAAAAAAGUUUGUCACGGAAAGAACUGGUCGGAGUUGGUUAUUUUAUUUUAUUUUAAUUUUUUUUAUUUUAUUGCGCAGCCGGCGGCUCGAGUCGGUUCUGGUGGCUCAGUGAGUCCCGGUGAAGUAAAGGAGAGAGACCCCCGGCGACAAGCUGAGAGAAAGGCAGAGAUAGAGGUUACGCCACGCACUCCCAUCAUGUCUGAACGCCGAUAAACAGUUGUAAAUAUACACGACUGUGUUGCAGCUUUUAGCUAGUUUUAGCCUCAUUUUAGACUUUGUGUCCUUUUUUUUUCGUUUCAAGAAGAAGAAGAAGAAGAAGCUCGACUUUGAUUUAAAGCGGCGCGUGGGCUCUCUGGCUCUGGAGGGACAACCGCACCCCGGACCCGUUGAUUGAGGAGGUUCGGAUGAGGUGGCUGACCGGCGGGCUGUUUGCUUCUGGAAACCCAGCCAACUUUCCCAUCUACUCCGUCCUCUAGCAGCGGUGCCGUCGGGCAUUGCUCAGGAGAUGGCGAUGAGGUGGUUCUACUUGGGAUUUUUUCUCUCCUUGGAGGUCACAUCCAGCAGCGGUGUAACCAUAGCUCCCAAAUCUGAUGACGUACCCAGGACUUGCAAUCCAAAGCAGUUUGCCUGCAGGGACCAGGUGACCUGUAUCUCCAAAGGUUGGCGCUGCGAUGGAGAGAAGGACUGUCCAGAUGGCUCAGAUGAAUCGCCAGAUAUCUGCACACACAACAGGGCGAACAAGUGUCCUGUCAACGAGCAUGGGUGCCUGGACCUGGAUGUUUGCAUCCACAUGAGCAAACUGUGUGACGGAGUCCCUGAUUGCUCAGAUGGCUGGGACGAGGGGCCUCACUGCAGAAAAAAUGCGCCAGACUGUGCCUCCUAUGGGUGUGAAUUUAACUGUGGGGUGACUCACAACGGGCCUCGGUGCUACUGCAGACAUGGCUACGAGGUUGCCGCAGACGGAAAGAAAUGUAAAGAUUUUAAUGAGUGCAGUGUGUAUGGGACAUGCAGCCAAACUUGCACAAACACAGAUGGAAGCUACACUUGUAGCUGCGUGGAGGGCUACCUGCUGCAACCAGACAACCGCUCCUGCAAAGCCAAAAAUGUACCAGUGGAUCGUCUGCCUGUUCUGUUGAUUGCCAACCUUCAUGAUAUUCGGUGCACCUCUCUGAGUGGCUCCAGCACCCGGCUYCCGUCCAUCCCCACUAAGCAGACCAUGGCGAUGGACUUCAUUUACGCUGAGGAGACUGUCUGUUGGAUAGAUGUAGGUGACACUCCAGCUGCUACUCAGCUGAAGUGUGCCAACAUCCAGGACCUGAAGACAGUCAGCAACAUCCGAACCAUUAACAUCACUCUCAGCCUGCACCAUGUGGAGCAGAUGGCUAUAGACUGGCUGAGUGGAAACUUUUACUUCGUGGAUGACGUGGAUGACCGGGUGUUUGUCUGCAACAAGAACGGCCAGACUUGUGUGACCCUGCUGGACCAGGAGCUGUACAACCCUAAGGGCAUCGCCUUGGAUCCGGCCAUGGGCAAAUUGUUCUUUACGGACUACGGGUCUACGCCAAGGGUGGAACGUUGUGAUAUGGAUGGACAGAACCGCACGAAGCUGGUGGACAGCAAGAUUGUCUUCCCUCAUGGUAUCACUCUGGAUCUAGUGAACCGGCUUGUGUACUGGGCUGAUGCCUACCUGGAUUACAUAGAAGUGGUCGACUAUGAGGGCAAAAACCGACACACCAUCAUCCAGGGUCUGUUGAUUGAGCAUCUUUACGGACUGACUGUGUUUGAGAACUAUCUCUAUGCUACAAACUCGGAUGAAGGCAACCUGAACCCAAAGACCAGUGUGAUUCGAGUGAACCGCUUCAACAGUACUGACUUCCAGGUGGUCACUCGUUUAGAUCGGGGAGCUGCGCUGCACGUUUACCACCAGAGAUGCCAGCCUCAAGUUCGCAGCCAUGCAUGCGCCCUGGAUCAGUUUGGAAAGGCUGGGGGUUGCUCAGACAUUUGUCUGCUCAGCAACAGCCACAAGACUCGUACCUGCCGUUGUCGCUCUGGAUUCAGUCUUGGCAGUGACGGGAAGUCCUGCAAGAAGCCAGAUCAUGAGUUGUUCUUGGUGUACGGUAAGGGUCGUCCCGGGAUCAUCAGGGGCAUGGAUAUGAACGCUAAGGUGCCUGAUGAGUACAUGAUUCCCAUCGAGAACCUGAUGAACCCUCGAGCUCUGGAUUACCACGCCGCCAAUGAAUUCAUUUACUUUGCUGAUGCCACCAGUAAUAUCAUUGGUCGACAGAAGAUAGACGGCACAGAGAGAGACACCAUUCUAAAGGAAGGUAUUCACACAGUAGAGGGGAUUGCAGUCGACUGGAUGGGAGGUAAUCUCUACUGGACAGAUGAUGGACCAAAGAAGACUAUCAGUGUCGCCAGGCUGGAGAAGGCUUCACAGAGUCGCAAGACUCUCAUUGAGGGGAAGAUGAGCCACCCUCGUGCCAUUGUUGUGGACCCACAGCAUGGAUGGAUGUACUGGACUGACUGGGAGGAAGAUCCCACAGAGAGCAGCAGAGGGAAGAUCAAGAUGGCUUGGAUGGACGGUUCACAUCAUCAAGUCUUCCUGACCAGCAAAACAGUGCUGUGGCCCAAUGGCUUGAGCCUGGACAUUCCUCAGGGCAUUCUGUACUGGGUGGAUGCUUACUACGACCGCAUUGAGUUGGUUUACCUUAACACCACAGAGAGAAAGGUUGUUUAUGAGGGCCAGGAGCUCAACCAUGCAUUCGGCCUGUGUCAUUAUAAACAAUUUCUGUUUUGGAACGAGUACCGUGGCGGCAGCAUUUACAAACUGGACCAGGUCACCAAGACCGUCACUUUACUCCGCAGCGAGAGGCCCCCAAUAUUUGAGAUCAGAGUGUAUGAUGCACACCAACAGCAGGGCACCAAUGUGUGUCGUGUAAACAACGGUGGCUGUAGCAGUUUGUGCCUCUCAAUUCCUAACGGCAGGUCCUGUGGCUGUGCUGAUGAUCAGAUCCUUGAUGUUGAUAACGUCACCUGCAAAGUCAACCCCGCCUACGUUCCCCCGCCGCAGUGCCAGCCAGGGGAGUUCGCCUGCAAGAACAACCGCUGCAUCCAAGAGCGCUGGAAAUGUGACGGGGACAACGAUUGUCUGGACAACAGCGACGAGGCCGCUGAACUCUGCCAUCAGCACACUUGCCCGGCUGACAGAUUCAAAUGCCAGAACAAUCGUUGCAUCCCUCUGCGAUGGCUGUGCGACGGAGACAAUGACUGCGGCAACGAUGAGGACGAAUCCAACAUCACCUGCUCUGCCCGUACAUGCCCUCCAAACCAGUACCCCUGUGUCAGUGGUCGCUGCAUCCCCAUCUCGUGGACAUGUGACCUGGAUGAUGACUGUGGAGAUCGCUCAGAUGAGCCAGACUCCUGUGCCUAUCCAACCUGCUUCCCUCUAACUCAGUUUACCUGCGCUAAUGGCCGCUGCAUCAAUAUCAAUUGGCGCUGUGACAAUGACAAUGACUGUGGGGAUAACAGUGAUGAAGCAGGCUGCAGCCAUUCCUGUUCCAGUGUCCAGUUUAAAUGUAACAGUGGCCGCUGCAUCCCAGAAUACUGGACAUGCGAUGGGGACAAUGACUGUGGAGACUAUAGUGAUGAGACUCAUGCCAACUGCACUAAUCGGGUAACCCGUCCUCCUGGCGGCUGCCAUGAAGACGAGUUUCAGUGUCGAGUGGAUGGUCUGUGCAUUCCUUUGCGCUGGCGCUGUGAUGGUGACACCGACUGUAUGGACCUCAGUGACGAGAACAACUGUGAGGGCGUCACCCCCUUGUGUGACCCGGCAGUCAAGUUUACCUGCAGAGACACCACUCGCUGUAUCAGCAAGGCCUGGGUGUGUGAUGGCGACAGCGACUGUGAGGACAAUUCAGAUGAGGACAACUGUGAGGCAUUAGUGUGUAAGUUAUCYCACCACAUGUGUGCUACCAACGACUCCAUCUGCCUGCCUGCUGAGAAGCUGUGUGACGGCACCGACGACUGUCCGGAUGGGUCUGAUGAGAAACUUUGCGACUUGUGUUCUGUGGACAAUGGGGGUUGUAGUCACAACUGCAGCAUAAUUCCAGGGGAGGGCUUCAUGUGCUCUUGUCCCCUGGGUAUGGAGCUGGGACAUGACAACAAGACCUGCCAGAUCCAGAGCUUCUGUGCCAAACAUCUUAAAUGUAGUCAGAAGUGUGAACAGGAAAAAUCCAGCGUCAAGUGCUCCUGCUAUGAGGGCUGGGAGCUGGAGGCUGAUAUGGAAAGCUGCAAAAGCACUGAUCCCUUCAAACCAUUUAUCAUCUUUUCCAAUCGACAUGAGAUCAGGAGAAUUGACCUUCACAAGGGAGAGUUCAGUGUUCUUGUUCCAGGCCUAAGGAAUACCAUUGCUUUGGACUUCCACCUCAACCAGAGCACACUUUACUGGACUGAUGUUGUGGAGGACAAGAUCUAUCGUGGAAAACUGUCUGAAAAUGGAGCUCUGACAAGUUUUGAAGUGGUGAUUCAGUAUGGCCUGGCUACUCCAGAGGGCCUCGCUGUGGACUGGAUAGCAGGAAACAUUUACUGGGUGGAGAGCAAUCUGGACCAGAUUGAGGUGGCCAAACUGGACGGGACCAUGAGAACUACCCUGUUGGCUGGGAAAGUAGAGCACCCCCGGGCAAUCGCUCUUGACCCUCGUGAUGGAAUUUUGUUUUGGACCGACUGGGAUGCUAGUUACCCCAGGAUAGAGGCGGCGUCUAUGAGCGGUGAAGGCAGACGCACUAUCCACAGGGARACGGGCAGUGGAGGCUGGCCCAAUGGACUCACUGUGGAUUACAUGGAAAGACGUAUUGUCUGGAUUGAUGCCAGGUCGGAUGCCAUCUACUCUGCGAUGUACAAUGGUUCUGGACUGAUCGAGGUGCUGCGAGGUCAUGAAUAUUUAUCGCAUCCAUUUGCUGUCACCAUGUAUGGAGGAGAAGUCUACUGGACUGACUGGAGGACUAACACCCUAGCCAAAGCCAACAAAUGGACUGGGCAUAACGUCACUGUAGUGCAGCGCACCAACACACAGCCGUUUGACUUGCAGGUCUAUCAUCCAUCCAGGCAGCCGCUAGCUCCAAACCCAUGUGCCACCAGUGACGGUAAAGGCCCUUGCUCCCACCUGUGUCUAAUCAAUUUUAACCAGACCUAUUCCUGUGCCUGCCCGCACCUCAUGAAGCUGCAGCCUGACAAACGUACCUGCAAAGAGUCUAGAAAGUUCCUGCUUUAUGCUCGUCAGAUUGAGAUCCGAGGGGUUGACAUCGACAACCCAUAUUACAACUACAUCAUCUCCUUCACUGUGCCAGACAUUGACAAUGUGACUGUGGUGGAUUAUGAUGCCGUGGAGCAUCGUAUCUACUGGUCUGAUGUGCGAACUCAGACCAUCAAACGAGCUUUCAUUAACGGCACAGGAGUGGAGACUGUUGUGUCAGCAGACCUUCCUAAUGCCCAUGGCCUGGCAGUAGACUGGGUGUCAAGGAACCUUUUCUGGACCAGCUAUGACGCCAGUAAAAAGCAGAUCAAUGUGGCAAGACUGGAUGGAUCUUUUAAGAAUGCUGUCCUCCAGGGAUUAGACAAGCCUCACUGUUUGGUGGCUCACCCUCUGCUUGGGAAGCUUUACUGGACUGAUGGUGACAACAUAAGCAUGGCUAACAUGGACGGUACCAACCUCACCCUGCUUUUCACCAAUCAAAAAGGCCCAGUGGGGCUAUCGAUUGACUAUGAAAAGGAACAGUUGUACUGGAUCAGCUCAGGAAACAGCACCAUUAAUCGAUGUCAACUUGAUGGAUCUAAACUGGAGAUUCUUGAAGGGGUUAAAGGCAAACUUACCAAAGCUACUGCACUGGCUAUUAUGGGAGACAAACUCUGGUGGGCUGACCAGGGUACUGAUCAGAUCGGAACCUGCCACAAGAAGGAUGGUGGUAAUUGGAAAGUUAUGAGAAACCACACAUCCCCGAUGAUGCACAUGAGAAUCUAUGAUGAGGAUGUGCAGAAAGCAGGUAUUAAUCUGUGCAGUAACAACAACGGUGACUGCUCACAGCUGUGUCUGCCCACCUCUGUAACAACCAGAUCCUGCAUGUGCACAGCUGGAUACAGCCUUAAAACAGGGAAACAGUCCUGUGAGGGUAUGGGAUCUUUCCUGCUUUACUCUGUUCACGAGGGGAUUAGAGGAAUACCUCUCGACCCGGGAGACAAAUCAGAUGCCUUAGUGCCCGUGUCUGGCACCUCUCUGGCUGUCGGCAUCGACCUCCACGCUGAGAAUGACACCAUCUACUGGGUGGACAUGGGACUGAGCACCAUCAGCAGGGCGAAGAGAGAUCAGACGUGGAGAGAGGAUGUGGUGACCAAUGGGAUUGGCAGGGUGGAGGGCAUAACUGUGGACUGGAUUGCAGGAAAUAUUUACUGGACUGACCAGGGCUUUGAUGUGAUUGAAGUGGCCAGGCUCAAUGGCUCAUUCCGCUAUGUGGUCAUUUCCCAGGGACUGGACAAACCCAGAGCUAUAACUGUCCACCCAGUCGAAGGGUAUUUGUUCUGGACAGAGUGGGGUCAGUAUCCCCGUAUCGAACGAUCACRGUUGGAUGGCUCCCAGAGGUUGGUCAUGGUCAAUACGAGCAUCAGCUGGCCAAAUGGAAUCUCUAUCGACUACAAGGAGGGUCAGCUGUAUUGGUGUGAUGCUCGAACGGAUAAGAUCGAGCGCAUCAACUUGAAAACUGGACAGAACCGAGAGCUGGUUCUGGCCAGCAACAACAUGGACAUGUUUGCAGUGUCUGUAUUUGAGGAGUACAUUUAUUGGAGUGAUAGGACUCAUGCCAACGGCUCCAUUAAGAGAGGUAGCAAAGACAAUGCUACAGAUGCUGUGCAGCUCAGGACAGGCAUCGGUGUCCAACUGAAAGACAUCAAGGUUUUCAACAGAGACAGGCAGCAAGGCACAAAUAUUUGUAAAGGCAACAAUGGUGGUUGUGAACAGCUGUGUCUCUAUCGUGGCAACGGGGAGCGUACCUGCGCCUGUGCUCACGGCAUGCUGGCAGAAGACAACCGCAGCUGUCGCGACUAUGACGGAUACCUGCUGUACUCGGAGCGAACCAUACUGAAAAGCAUCCACUUGUCUGAUGAGACAAACCUCAACGCGCCAAUAAAGCCAUUCGAGGACCCGGACCACAUGAAGAACGUCAUCGCCCUCAGCUUUGAUUACCACGGGGGUGGGGGGAAGGGAACCAACCGCGUCUUCUUCAGUGACAUUCACUUUGGCAACAUCCAGCAGAUCAAUGAUGACGGCACCAAUCGCAAGAUUGUGGUGGACAAUGUUGGAUCCGUUGAAGGCCUGGCAUACCAUCGAGGCUGGGAUACACUCUACUGGACCAGUUACACAACGUCCACAAUCACUCGCCACACUGUGGAUCAGAGCCGGUCUGUGGCCUACAACCGCAACACUGUGAUCACGAUGUCUGGAGAAGACCACCCCAGAGCCUUUGUGUUGGACGAGUGUCAGGAUCUCAUGUUCUGGACCAACUGGAAUGAGCAAGCUCCCAGCAUCAUGAGGGCCUCCCUGAACGGAGCCAAUAUGCUCGUGAUUAUCGGCAGCGACAUUAAAACUCCAAACGGCCUGGCUAUAGACCAUCGUGCUGAGAAGCUCUACUUUUCCGACGCCACGCUGGACAAGAUCGAACGCUGCGAAUACGAUGGGAGCAGCCGUUAUGUCCUGCUGAAGAACGAGCCCGUCCACCCGUUUGGCCUGGCUGUUUAUGGAGAUUACAUUUUUUGGACUGACUGGGUGAGGAGGGCUGUGCUCAGGGCUGACAAGUUCACUGGAGGAGACAUGAAAGUGCUGCGUGCUGACAUCCCUCAGCAGCCGAUGGGCAUCAUCGCAGUGGCUAAUGACACCAACAGCUGUGAGUUUUCACCGUGCCGGUCUAAUAACGGAGGCUGCCAAGACCUGUGUCUGCCCACAUCUGAUGGACGCGUCAACUGCAGCUGCCGCGGAGACCGAAAACUCCUCGAAGACAACACCUGCUCUCCGCUGAACAUGUCGUGUGGAAGUGUUGAUGAUUUUGAGUGUGGAAACGGAGACUGCAUCAAUUACAGCCUUACAUGUGACGGGAUGGCCCACUGCAAGGACAAGUCUGACGAGAAGCAGUCUUAUUGUGCCAAUCGAAUCUGUAAGAAGGGCUACAGACGCUGCAUUAACGGUCGCUGUAUUGGCCACCAGUUCUGGUGUGACGGUACAGACGACUGUGGUGACCGUUCAGAUGAACUGCCCUGCAACAUGACCCUGUGCAAACCAGGGGAGUUCCAGUGCAAGGAUGGAAGCUGCAUCUCCAACUUCAGUCGCUGUGAUCAGGUGGUCAACUGUGAAGAUGCCAGUGAUGAAAUGAACUGCCAACCUACCGAUUGCUCCCGUUUUUUCCGCCUUGGAGUCAAAGGAGCAUCUUUCCUGAGCUGUGAGAAAACCACUCUGUGCUAUCUGCCCUCGUGGGUGUGUGACCUCAACAACGACUGUGGAGACUUUUCUGAUGAAAGAAACUGUCCAGUUUUGGACGAAAAAAAGCUGAAGUGUCCAGUGAACUUCUUUGCUUGUCCCGGCGGCCGUUGCAUCCCUAUGAGCUGGACCUGUGAUAAGGAGAACGACUGUGAGAAUGGAACAGAUGAAACACACUGUGACAAAUUUUGCACAUCUAACCAGUUUGAAUGUGGGAACCACCGCUGCAUAUUCAACCACUGGGUGUGUGACGGCUCUGACGACUGUGGUGACGGUUCUGAUGAAGACCAGAAAUGCGAAAAUAAGACGUGCAGCCCUGAGCUUUUCCAGUGCCCGGGAUCCCACGUGUGUGUGCCUCAGCGAUGGAAGUGUGACGGAGAUAAAGACUGUCCCGAUGGAGCAGAUGAGAGUGUCACAGCUGGCUGCAUGUACACCAACAACACAUGUGAUGAGAAGUAUGAGUUUAUGUGCCAGAACCGACAGUGUAUCCCCAAGCACUUCGUCUGUGAUCAUGACAUCGACUGCUCUGAUAGGUCAGAUGAGUCCCCAGAAUGCGAAUACCGGCCGUGUGGUCCAGAUGAGUUCCGCUGUGCCAACGGUCGCUGCCUCAACCAGAAGAAGUGGGAGUGUGACGGAGAGUUCGACUGUCAGGAUCACUCUGACGAAGCUCCUAUUAACCCUCACUGCAUAGACUCCGAGAGGACCUGCAAUGACUCUGCCUUCACGUGUCGUAACGGAAAGUGUUUGAACGAGACUCAGCUGUGCGACCGGAACGAUGACUGCGGCGACGGCUCCGACGAGCUCAACUGCUUCAUCAACGAGUGUCUCAACAGCAAACUGAGUGGCUGCUCGCAGCUCUGUGAUGACCUCAAGAUUGGCUUCAAAUGCAGGUGCCAUCCUGGCUUUCAGCUGAAGCGUGACGGGAAGACGUGUGUGGACAUAGAUGAGUGCACAACCACCUACCCCUGUUCUCAGCACUGCCUGAACACACACGGCAGCUUCCACUGUCUCUGCGUGGACGGCUUUGAAGUCAGCCCAAAUGACCCCACCAUCUGCAAGUCCACAUCGGACGUGGAGCCCUAUUUGAUCUUUGCCAAUCGUUACUACCUGAGAAAACUCAAUCUGGAUGGAUCUAAUUACACUCUUAUAAAACAGGGGCUCAACAAUGCAGUGGCACUGGAUUUCCACUACGCAGAGCAGAUGAUCUACUGGACAGAUGUGACCACUCAGGGCAGCAUGAUCAGACGCAUGCACAUGAACGGCAGUAACAUGGAGGUUUUGCAUCGAACCUCCCUGAAUAAUCCRGAUGGUUUGGCKGUGGACUGGGUUGGUGGAAACUUGUACUGGUGCGACAAAGGCCGGGACACUAUCGAGGUUUCAAAGCUUAACGGGGCCUACAGGACUGUGCUGGUCAACAGUGGCCUCAGGGAGCCGCGAGCUGUGGCUGUAGAUGUGCGYUAUGGAUACCUUUACUGGUCUGACUGGGGUGAUAACCCUCACAUUGGAAGAAUUGGGAUGGAUGGCACCAACAGAACGGUCAUCAUUCAGGAUAAGAUCGUCUGGCCCAACGGACUAACCCUGGACUUCAUUAAUGACCGUAUAUACUGGGCUGAUGCCAGGGAGGACUACAUUGAGUUUGCCAGCCUGGAUGGUACYAACAGGCACACAGUUCUUAACCAUGACAUCCCUCACAUCUUUGCCAUGACGCUGUUUGAGGAGUACAUCUACUGGACCGACUGGGAGACCAAGUCCAUCAACAGAGCUCAUAAGACUCUUGGUACCAACACAACCACACUGAUCAACACUUUGCAUCGACCCAUGGAUAUCCACAUCUACCAUCCUUACCGCCAGCCACCAGUGCUCGACCAUCCAUGCCAGUCAGACAAUGGCGGCUGCAGCAACCUUUGUCUUCUCUCACCUGGAGGGGGCUACAAGUGUGCCUGUCCCACCAACUUCUAUCUGGCCAAUGAUCAGCGGACCUGCAUGUCCAACUGCACAGCAAGCCAAUUUGUCUGCAAGAAUGAUAAGUGUAUUCCUUUCUGGUGGAAAUGCGACACUGAGGAUGACUGUGGAGAUCGGUCAGAUGAGCCAGCAGACUGUCCCGAGUUCAAAUGCAGGCCAGGACAGUUUCAGUGUGGAACAGGAAUCUGCACCAACCCAGCUUAUAUCUGUGAUGGAGACGACGACUGCCAGGACAACUCGGAUGAGGCCAACUGUGAUAUUCAUGUCUGCCUGCCCAGCCAGUUCAAAUGUUCCCACCCGAGCCGCUGCAUCCCGGGCAUCUUCCGCUGCAACGGUCAGGACAACUGUGGAGAGGGCGAGGAUGAAAAGGACUGCCCUGAGGUGACGUGUGCACCCACGCAGUUCCAGUGUGCCAUCACCAAGCGUUGCAUACCUCGUCUGUGGGUGUGCGACCGUGACAACGACUGCGUGGAUGGGUCUGAUGAACCCGCCAACUGCACUCAAAUGACUUGUGGUGUGGAUGAGUUCCGAUGCAAGGACUCGGGACGCUGCAUCCCGGCUCGCUGGAAGUGUGAUGGCGAGGAUGACUGUGGCGAUUCGUCAGAUGAGCCAAAAGAGGAAUGUGCCGAGAGGACGUGUGAACCGUACCAGUUCAGAUGUAAGAACAACCGCUGCGUGCCGGGCCGCUGGCAGUGUGACUAUGACAACGACUGUGGGGACAACUCAGAUGAAGAAAAAUGUCAGCCUCGAGAAUGUUCAGAGAGUGAGUUCGCCUGCACCAAUGGCCGCUGUAUUGCUGGGAGGUGGAAGUGCGAUGGAGAUCACGACUGCGCUGAUGGAUCCGAUGAGCAUGGCUGUGAYCUGAAGUGCGACCCCACCCAGUUUCCAUGCAAGAGUGGACACUGCAUUCCGCUGUCAUGGCGGUGUGACGCCGACGUUGACUGCAUCGAUGGCAGCGAUGAACAGAGCUGCCACAUUGCUGCUCCACGCCACUGCCCUUCAGAUGACUUCCAGUGCAACAACACUCUGUGUAAACCCCUGGCCUGGAAGUGUGAUGGAGAGGAUGACUGCGGGGAUAACUCUGAUGAGAACCCAGAAGAAUGCAGGAAGUUCCAGUGUCCACCCACCAGAGCGUUUCGCUGCCUCAACAACCGCGUGUGUCUUCAUAUGUCGGAGAGGUGCGAYGGCAUCAAUAACUGUGGCGACAACUCCGAUGAACUCUAUUGUGAGUCCCAUCGAACUGCUCCCACGUGUGAGAAGGACGAGUUCUUGUGCUCCAAYGGCAGAUGCAUCAGCUCCAACCUGCGCUGCAACUUCUUCAAUGACUGUGAGGACUUUGGCUCUGAUGAGAUCAACUGUAAAACAGACACAAAGCUGAAUGACUGUCGCAGUAACAGUACUCAGUGUGGAGAUGGAGACGAGGCUCACUGCGUCACCAACGGUACAGACUCCUUCUGCUCCUGCAAACCAGGUUUCCAGAAGAUAGGACAUCGCACAUGUGGAGAUAAGAACGAGUGUUUACAGUUUGGAGCGUGUUCCCAGAUCUGCAACAACACCAAGGGCUCCUACAAAUGCAGCUGCUACAAGUAUUUCACCAAGAUCCACGACACCUGCAAAGCUGACAAUAUGAACAGCAGCCGGCAGAUUCUCUACAUCGCUGACGAUAAUGAGAUCCGCAGCCUGGAUCCAGGGAUGCCCAACUGGCGCUAUGAGCAGAUCUUCCAGGGCGACGCGAGCGUCAGAAUCGAUGCCAUGGAUCUGCACGUCAAAACAAACCACAUCUUUUGGACCAACUGGCACACCGGCCGCAUUUCCUCCUACGAUCUCUCGGGUUCGUCCUCAUCUUCGUCCAACUCCCCCCAGAACCGACGCCAGAACGAGGGACGGAUCACCAACCUGCAGAUCAAAGAGCUGAAGAUGCCUCGUGGCAUAGCGGUGGACUGGGUGGCUGGGAACCUGUACUGGACCGACUCUGGUCGWGAUGUCAUUGAAGUUGCUCAGAUAUCAGGCCAGCACUGCAAGACCCUCAUCUCUGGCAUGAUAGAUGAGCCGUAUGCCAUUGUAGUUGACCCACAAAGAAGUACCAUGUACUGGGCAGACUGGGGCAACCAUCCUAAAAUUGAGACAGCUGCCAUGGACGGCACUCUGAGACAAACACUGGUUCAUGAAAACAUUCAGUGGCCAACAGGUCUGGCUGUGGACUACUUCAACGAACGUCUUUACUGGGCCGAUGCUAAACUCUCUGUCAUUGGCAGCGUUCGUCUGGACGGCUCAGAUCCCGUUAUAGCCGUCUCUGGCAUCAAAAACCACUUGUUACAUCCGUUCAGCAUAGACAUCUUUGAGGAUUAUAUAUAUGGAGUCACCUUCAUGAACAACUUUGUUUUCCGCGUCAACAAGUUUGGCAAAGGCCCAAUGGAGAAUCUAACUACAGGCAUCAAUCAUGCCACAGACAUAGUCCUCUACCACCGUUACAAGCAGCCAGACAUACCUAAUCCUUGCGACAAGAAAAAGUGCGAGUGGUUGUGUCUUCUGAGCCCCAGUGGGCCUGUUUGCACGUGCCCAAACAACUACAUUGCCAACAACGGCACGUGUGUGGAGAGGCCGAGCCCCACUCAGUCACCAUUCUCACCGCCCUCAGGGCCCUGCAACAUUCAGUGUCAGAACGGUGGAAGCUGCUUCCUCAACUCCCGGCAGGUGCCGAAGUGUAGCUGCCAGCCCAGCUACUCUGGAGAACGAUGUGAGAUCAACCAGUGCAGAGACUACUGCAAGAAUGGAGGGACCUGCACCGCUUCUCACACAGGUGCACCCACUUGCAGAUGCCCUAAAGGCUUCACAGGACCCCAGUGCAAUCUUCUAAUAUGUAAGGAUUAUUGUCUGAAUGGAGGCAAUUGCUCAGUCAACAUGGGCAACCAGCCAACCUGCAGCUGCCCGCCAGCCUACCAGGGAGACCAUUGUCAGUACAGUAAAUGUGAGGGCUUCUGUCAGAACGGUGGAACCUGCUUACAAACCUCCAACGGCACCAAGCUGUGUCGGUGUCCCACGCGGUUCAGCGGGCGUCGCUGUGAGCUGGACAAGUGUGAGUUCUGUGGAGAGGGAGAGUGCCUCCCGCAGCCCGCGGGCCCGAUCACCUGCAGCUGUCCCAAUGGACACAUUCAGCCCAGCUGCUACACCUGUUUGGACUACUGCGCACACGGCCAGUGCUCGGUCGACACGCAAACGCUGCUUCCUCAGUGCAAGUGUCAUGCUGGAUGGGCCGGGUACAGGUGUGAAACAGCAGCCAGUUCUGUGGAUUCUCCUGCUUCGAGCAGCAGUACCGCCUCCAUCGUGGUCCCAGUGCUCCUGCUGCUCUUGCUGGCUCUGCUGGUGGUCGGCGCCAUCUUCUGGUACAAGCGGAGAAUGCGUGGUGCAAAGGGCUUCCAGCACCACAGGAUGACAAAUGGAGCCAUGAACGUGGAGAUUGGAAACCCGGCCUAUAAGAUCUAUGAAGGAGACCCUGAUGAUGACGCCGGGGAGUUGUUAGAUUCAGACUUUACUUUGGACCCAGAGAAGCCCACCAACUUCACCAACCCAGUGUACGCCACCCUCUACAUGGGCGCCCACAACAGCCGCAACUCUCUGGCCAGCACGGAUGAAAAGAAGGAGCUCCUGUCCCAGGGCGACGAGGACAUGAGCGACCCGUUGGCGUGAAACGGCUCAGCUCGGACUGAACUCUGCCGACAUCGCCCUGCCUUUGUCCAAACGCCACCCCCACCCCCACCCCACCGUGCUGAUCCAGCAAGCUCCCUCAUCUUAUGCCUUUACCAACUGAAAAGAAAAAGCAACAAAACGAAGAAGGAAACAAAAGGAAAGAAAGCGAGAACACUGUAUAAAAUGUAUAAAAAUGAAGGACUACUUUUUUAAGUGAUUGCAGUAUUAUAUUUUGUUCUUUGACAAAACAAAUACUAGUGAGGGGAAACCAACCAUUUUAUAGACAAUUUAUCAAUUUCUUUUUCUUUUAAUUUUUCUUUUUCUUUCGCUCACAACUGUCCCUCCUCUCUCACCCAUAUAGCCACUACCUCUGUGCAAAUGUAAAGGAUAGAGAGAAACAAGCGGCUAUGGAACAAUUUUAACUUUUUAUUUUUGUAUGAAUUGUAUAGGGGAGUUGAAACAAACAAAAAAAGCAAAGUAUUGUUC